UGCAAAACGUCCUACUAAAUAACUGUUUGGCCAGGUCAGCGUUAAUAAAAUUGCAUGUGCAUAUUUCUGGUCAGAACGGAAGUGAUACAUAAUGCAAGAGUUUACGCGGCUUUGUUCGGUGCUUGCACUGACCUUACUUAUAACCUGCCAUUGCGUGGAUGCUGAUAAGAAGCAGAGUAAGAAGUACAGCCGGGAGGCCAAUGACCCGCAUUUCCAGCAAGUUACAGACGAAAAAUACGACCCGGAUUUUAAGAAAAUCCAGCGCCCUUUUCGCAUGGCCAAAUUGAACCUCGUGUGGUCAAAGGCCCAGAAUCGUUUAACCGAGCCUAAGCUUAAGUCGUUGUAUAUGGAGCUAAAGAUCCACGACAAAGAAGAAAUCGCUUGGAAGCAGCUUAACUCCCAGCACAAGGACAAGGAUGGUUUAAAGGAAAACGAGCUUCGCCAAAAGCUGAUUGGCAUAAUGAGCAGCUACGAUCUCUUGGAGCACUUUGGAGAGACUGAAGAUGUGGAGAAGAUCAAGCCCUAUAAAAAAUUCCACGACCCCGAGGAACGCCAUAAAAAUAAGAGCCUCUUUAAGGACAAGAAACUUAAUAGGCUGUGGGAAAAAGCAGAAGUUUCGGGCUUCACAUCGGAGGAGUUGAAGUCCCUGAAGCAGGAGUUUGAACAUCAUCAGGAUAAAGUAGAUGUUUACUACAGCUUGCUGGAAAACAUUGGCUCAGUGGACACCGACAAGCAUGAGAAUGCCAUUAAUACUGAAGACCUGGACACAUACAAUCUGAUUUCGAAUAAUGAUGCCAACGAAAAUGAGAUAAAGACGCAUGAUCAGAAUGUAAAGAAGUUUGAGAACGAACUGAAUACUCUGCGCGGCCAUCAUGUUGGAAUCAAGGAUCACUACGACAGGUUGGAACGCCUGGUGUCGUCCGGACCGCACAGCCAAGACUUUAUCGAGCCCAAAGUUCAGGGCUUGUGGCGCGUGGCUCAGGCAAGCAAUUUCACGGUUAAGGAACUGGCUUCCAUCAAGACUGAACUGAAUCAUUUUGAAAGUCGCUUGCUGAAGUUGCGACACCUGCACGCAGAGCAUGCUCUGCACAAGGAGAAGUACAAGGAUGAGAAGCACAAGGACAAAAGCAACCGCUUCGAAGAUAUGGAGGACCAGCUGAAAAAACAAGCUCGCAAAGUGGAAAAACUGCAGGAGAACAUUGAAAAAACUAUCUUCAAACAUUCAGAGCUAUGAUCCAAACGGACGAUUUAAAGUGCCAAGCGAAUAAAUUAAAUUUAAGCACAUCCUGCUGUGGGCAGCACAUUUGUUGAGCUUUAGCUUAGCAUAGAAUAAGUAUAGAUAUGAGACCAAAUAUUUUGAAUGAAAUGAAAACUCAUGAACAUA